CCUGCUGUACCUGACCCCCGAGGAGAACUCGAAGAUCAUGGUCACGGACUUCGGCCUGUCCAAGCUGGAGCAGAGCGGGGUCAUGUCCACAGCCUGCGGGACCCCCGGCUACGUGGCCCCAGAAGUGUUGGCGCAGAAACCCUACAGCAAGGCUGUGGACUGCUGGUCCAUCGGAGUCAUCACCUAUAUACUGCUGUGCGGGUACCCGCCUUUCUACGAGGACUCGGAGUCUAAGCUCUUCGAGAAGAUCAAGGACGGCUCCUACGAGUUCGAGUCCCCAUUCUGGGACGACAUUUCCGAGUCGGCCAAGGAUUUCAUCUGCCACCUGCUGGAGAAAGACCCCGAGGCGCGGUACACCUGCGAGAAGGCCCUGCGGCACCCCUGGAUUGACGGGAACACGGCGCUCCACAGGGACAUCUACCCGUCGGUCAGCCUGCAGAUCCAGAAGAACUUCGCCAAGAGCAAGUGGAGGGAGCUUCAACCCCGAGGCCGCGGUGCCCGGCAAGGCGGGCGGCAGCUCCCACUGGCAGGCCGGGCAGACCGGGGUCUGUCUCAUCAUGUGAUCCCGGGCUCUGGCCCGAAACGGUCAGCACAGGCUCUCGUCUUCUCUGCCCCUCCGAGCCUGGAGUCCACCCCCGGAGGAAGCCGGGCAGCGGGGCGGCCCCCGGGGCCCAGCCGCGGGCCCGGUGGGGGCCGCGGGCCUGUCGGGUCUCCCGCUGCCCGCGCCGUGCCCGCCCCAGCGUGACCGUGUCGUCGUGGUGACAAGCUUCAGCGGCCAGCGGGCUGUGCCGCCUUGUCCGAGCAAAGCCAUAGGAGCCGGCGCCCCUCCCCCGCUGCGCCGGGAGGCCGGCGCCCAGGGCUGUCCUGUCUCCGUGGUACUUGUCCACCCGCGUGUGUGGCACCUCCCCGGCCUCCAGCUCCAGCCGCCCGGUCAGUCCAGGCCGCGCCAGGACCCCGCUGCCGCGCACACCAGCA